AUGAGGAUUACAGUGGUUCUGCUGUGCACUCUCGCCGCGGUCUACUCCGCUCCGUUCGGUGAGGUCCCCAAUGCAGGCAUACAGCCUCUUCCCGGCGCACGUGAGUUUCACCGCCUGGAGAGCUUCCAGCCAGCGGCGUUCAGCAAGCUCCCCGAGUCGCUGAUUGUGAUCGUGUCCCCUCCCCAAGGCAGCACCAAUGGACUGACGUCGGAGGAUGAGGAUGACGAAGUCGCGAUCGAGACUGCAGAGCCCGCGGCAGAGGCAGAGCUCGUCGAAGAGCAGCUGACUGGAGAGGCUGAAGGCUCGGCUGUCGGACUGGAUGCUGAGGAUGGUCACUCGGAGACAGAGACUGAUUCAUCUCUUGAGGCAGGGCAAGAAGCUGGUGCAGAGCAAGAAGGAGCUCCUGAUGCCGAAAGCGAGACUGAUUUCGGACACGAUGACGAAACCAGCGUCGAAUCAUCUGGCUCUGGCUCGGACGAUGUAGAGGAGUUCAAGACUGAAGCUGAUGAGGUCGAUAGUGCUGACAACGACGACGACGAUGCUGAUGAAGAUAAUGAUGAUGACGACACUGACGAUGAAGAUGAAGAUGAAGAUGAUGAGGAAGAUGAGGGUGAAGAUAAUGACGAGGACGACGACAAUAGCAGCGAAGAAGAUGAUGAUGAUGAGGAUGAGGAUGAGGAUGAGGAUGAGGAUGAAGAGGAAGAUGAAGACGAGGGUGAGGAUGAUGAAGGAAAUGAGGAUGAAGAUGCGGACGAAGACCAGGACGAGGAUGAGGAGGACGAGGAUGAAGACGAGGAGGAAGAGGAAGAUGAUGAAGAUGAGGAUGAUGAAGAUGAGGAUGAUGAAGAUGAGGAUGAUGAAGAUGAGGAUGAUGAAGAUGAGGACGAUGAAGAUGACGAUGAAGAUGACGAUGAAGAUGAGGAUGGCGAAGAUGAGGAUGUGGAUGAGGAUGAGGAUGAAGAUGAAGAUGAGGAUGAGGAGAAUGACGAUGAUGAGGAAGAGGAGAAUGCUGAGGAUGAUGAGGACGAUGAUGAAGAUGAGGAUGAAGAUGAGGAUGACAACAAUGAAACGAAGGGAAGUUACGAUGAAAAUGAUGACGAAAGCAAUGCAAAUGAUGAAAAUGAACAGAAGGAAGUGGAUGAGGAAGAAAAGGCAGAAAGCGUCGAAGGAGAUGAAUCUGAAGAAGAGCAGCAAUACGCAGAGGAGGAGACCGGAGGUGACGAGGACGAAAUGGAUGAAGAAAUGAAAGCUGAAGAAACCGACGAAACCUCUGGUGACGAUGAAGAGGCUCAAGUAGAGGUAGGAGAUGAUGUUUCCGAAGAAGCUAAUGAUGUAGACAAUAAUGACGAUGACGACGAUGACGUCGAUGAUGAUGAAGAAGAUGCUGAUGAUGCUGAGGCUGACGAUGAUGGUGAUGAUGGUGACGAUGGCGAUGAUGAUGAUGAUGAAGACGACGAUGAUGCUGAUGAUGACAACGAUUCUGAUGGCGAUGAUAAUGACGACGGCGACGACAACGAAACAGACGGCGACGACGAGGAGGAAGCAGAGAGUGACGGCGAUGAUAACGGCGAUGGUGAUGUCAGCGAUGAUCAGGACGAAGAUGCCAGUGAUGAUGACGAUGACGACUCAGACGCUGAAAAUACCGACGAUGAUGAAGCUGAUGAUGACGGCAUGAGUAAUGACGAUGACGAUGAUGAUGCUCAAGAGAUGGAUGAUGCUGGUGAUGACGAAGACGACCAGACGAUGACGGAAGACGAUGACGACCAAGAUGACGAUGAUGAUGAGGAUGACGAUGAAGAGGACGAUGGUGAUGUCGAUGAUGAUAAUGCUGAUGAUGAUGUGUGUUCGGGGAAGUCGCACUAG